UCCUGGAUCGGCACCCCCAUAUUCAACAUCUACAGUGGGCACCGGAGAGGAGCAAUGAAAAUCACCAGGUCUAGAUGCCUAAUCCUCUCGUUUGUCCUCGUGUGUGGGCUGGUUCCAAAGGUUACAGCAGAUGUUGAAGAAGCCACGGGUGGUCUCAGCACUAUCCAGGAACCCAUAUGGCUAACAGACGUCCCAGCCACCCUGGAAUUCAUCGCUGCUGCUGAAGUGGCCAUCAUAGGCUUCUUCCAGGAUUUAGAAAUACCAAUUGUGUCUGUGUUCCGGAGCAUGGCACAACAGUUCCAAGAUGUAUCAUUUGGAAUCAGCAACCAUUCUGAGGUCCUGACCCAUUUCAACGUCACCAGCAACAGCAUCUGCCUCUUUCGAUUGGUUGAUAAUCAACAACUACGUUUAGAUGCUGAAGACAUUGAAAGUCUUGAUGCUGCCAAACUGAGUCGUUUCAUUCACAUGAACAACCUCCACUGGGUGACGGAGUACAGCCCUAUGAUUGCAGCCGGUUUAUUUAACACCAUGGUUCAGACCCAUCUUCUCCUGAUGAUGAAGAAGGCUUCCCCAGAGUAUGAAGAGAGUAUGCACAGAUAUCGGGAGGCAGCUAAGCUCUUCCAGGGACAGGUGAGCUGGGAAUGGCCACCACCACAAGGAAGACAGGGCUGGGAAGAUGGAAGUGGUAUGGUUUCCAGGUUGUGGGAGUGGGUGAGGAUGCCCAGAGACUAUCAGAGUGAGCUGGAUACCCCAAAGCUAGAGUUACAGGGUGCUGCGAACUCCCUGAGAGAUCACGAAGCUGAAGGAGACUCCGGGAAGGAGGAGCUCUGA